AUGGGUGGAAGCGCCGCGGUGGUGUGUGUGCGAGGGCAAGUGGGGAGGGGGACUCAGCUCAGGACAGGGAGGCCCUGCUCGCAGGUCCCGGGGUCCCGGUGGCAGCCGGAGCGCUUGGUCCGCAGGCAGCGGGCGGGUGGUCCCCCCUCCCAUGUGGACACGGGGAACUCUUACCUUUGUGGGUACCUGAAGAUUAAAGGCCUUACUGAGGAGUAUCCAACUCUCACGACCUUCUUCGAAGGAGAAAUAAUCAGCAAAAAACACCCUUUCUUAACGCGGAAGUGGGACGCAGACGAAGACGUUGAUCGGAAACACUGGGGCAAGUUUCUGGCUUUUUAUCAGUAUGCAAAAUCAUUUAAUUCAGAUGACUUUGAUUACGAAGAGCUGAAGAAUGGAGAUUAUGUCUUCAUGAGGUGGAAGGAACAGUUCCUGGUCCCAGACCAUACGAUCAAAGACAUCAGCGGUGCUUCCUUUGCUGGGUUCUAUUACAUCUGCUUCCAGAAGUCGGCAGCCUCCAUAGAGGGCUACUAUUACCAUAGGAGUUCAGAAUGGUAUCAGUCACUCAACCUAACUCACGUUCCCGAACACAGCGCACCCAUCUACGAGUUCCGGUGACAGCGGUUCAGAGCAGGAACCAAAUAAAACUGAACUUGGCAAAAAAAGAACUCUGCCAAGAAAAUCGUGUACCUGCCAGAACCAGGAGAACGUGUGUUCCUGUUUCUUCACGAGCAGACUCGCAUCAGAAAGCAUGAAUGUUAACCCACAGAAUCCAAGGAGCAUGGCCAACCAACGGCAGGUGGAGGGAGUGUUCUCUGUGCUUCCUCCCUCUCUGUGGCAGUUUGGUCUUAAUCUGUUGUAAGCUACCUUAAAUGCACUUUUCCUUCCUGCACAGCUAACUUCUGUAUCACUGAAAGGCCCAUUCCUUCCUCCGUCCCCACCUCCAGCCGAGCAGAAGGUCAGCCCCCCAGUCACCCUCAGCCUUGGUGCUCAGUGGUCUCGGCCCAGGCCCCAGCCCUGCGCCCCCCACCCCCAGUUGCUCAGUCCGGUAGCUCAAGAGAAGGCAGAGCCCCAGCACACGUGUGCCGCGCCCCCCCCACCCCCCCCACCC